AUGAAGCCGAUCAUGAUCCAAUUCGACAGCUGGCGAUUCGUGAAAGAGUACGUGGGAUACGUUUCGAGAUACAUUUCGUACGGAUUCCCUCGCUUUUUGUACUGCUAUCCGAGCGGCAAUUUGGAUUGGAUCGUUUCGCAGAUCGAAUCGCUUCUUCUCCCCGAAUAUCGGCAGCAUUUCGAUCUGUUCUAUCCACGAAUCGAGAAGUUGUACUCGGUCAUCGUAAGCCAGUACUUAUCAGAACCCUCCAAGUUUGUCAAACAAGAAAACACAUUAAUAAGUCCCAGCAAACGGCAAAAAAUCCUUAAAUUAUCGCUGCAAGAUUUCAUGUCGUGGAAUUCGACAUCGCCUCGCCUUCCUUUAUUCCUCAAAGAUCAGUUUUUAUCAAGAAAACUACCAGGUCCGUGGUUCUUAAACGUGUUUCGCAAGGAUCAAUUGAAAGAAUGCGUGAGUUCGUUCUUCUCUUUCUCCGAAAAUAUCGACCAGUUCUCCGUUCUCUUCGAUCUCGAUGAUGGUGCGACCAAAUGCAUUCCAUCGACUCCCGAAGCCGAUCAGAAGCGAGCCAGCAUCAAGAAAAUGAUCGCCGAUUCGAACCCAUCUCCGCUUUGCAAUCUUCUUCCCAUCGACGAUGAGCAUCUCAGUUCGAAGAAUAGUAUUUCCUUGGAGAAGUGUCUGCAGAGCUCGCUCGCCAUGGUGCAGAACGCGGAGAAUGGACAGGCGGAAGAACAAGGGAAAUGGCGCGUGUAUUACCUCCCUCCUUAUCUAACCCUUCAUUUGUCGCGCAGUACAUAUCACACGUUUAAAGACUCGCAGUGCAAAUGCGAUGCGAACUCAAAUUCGAACUCGAACUAUUAUGUGCAGUAUAAAGUACAGACCAAAGUGGACUAUCCGUUGAGAGAUCUCGAUAUGAAUCCGUUCGUGUUUUCGGAGAAUCCACGAAGGGAGUAUGUGUAUGACUUGGUGGGCGUGUGUUGCCAUUCGGGGCAGACGGAUUGUGGGCAUUAUUAUACGUUUUGUAGAGAUAAGGAGGAGAAUGGAGAAGUGAGUUGGUGGAAAUAUAACGAUGAAAUUGUGAUGCGUGUGAAGGAGUCAGAGGUGAUGACGAUGAAGGCUUGCAUGCUUGUUUAUGAGCAGAAAAACAAGGCUCAGUACACGAUCAAGCAAAUCAGAGAACUCAUUCAAAAGUCCAUGGCAAAGCCAAUUUUAGAGCAUGAAUCAGAGGCUAGUUGA